AUGAUCGGCAUGUGCAGCAGCGAUGGAAGAGUUGGAGAGCAAGAGCGUGCAGAAGAAGACAAAGUACAAAUCGUUAGAAGACUCGAGAAGGUCAUGAAGAACAAGAGCAGCAUGUUGUUUGCAUUGUCGAGUUUGCUGAUGCAGCAAUCUGAGGCAGUGAACUUACCGCUCGCAGCCGCUCAAGGAAACAUGUCGUUUCUCGAAAUCGUCGUGGCCAUCCUCAUGAUCGCCUUGACGAUCUACUUCGUAGUGAACCUGGAGAGGUACAAAGAACUGGAGAGCGCCCUCAACGACCGCGAAAAGGCAGUUGCAGCACAAGAGAAGGAAGUAGGAACGUGGUUGGCCUCACUUACAAAGAAGGAGAAAGAAGUUGCAAAGACUCAGAAGCUCGACGACCUCGAGUACGAGUACAAGGAGAUCAAAGGAGACAUGAUCUACUUCAAGGAUUACGCGGAUGAAGUGGACAAAGCCAUGUUGAAUGCCAAAGAGAAGAUUAGGAGGCAGAGAAAGAAGAUCAAAGAGCUCAAGAAAACCAUGG